AUGAACAAUCAUGUGCAAAAAUCGGCUAACAAUAAGCAAGAACCUACUAAUGAAAAACUCACGAAUAAACAAGAUCAAGGGCUUACCAACGAACAAAAUAAAGAAUCCACCAGUGAACAACUCACAGAUGAACAAGAACCUACCAGUGAAUUUGAAUUUAAUGAGGAUGAACUUUCUGACGAUAGAUAUGAGUCUGAUAAUGAUGAAUUACGAGCAGAACUCGCCAAUAUGUUAAUAAAUCAUACCCAAACUCACUCUAGCAUGCAAUUGUUAUAUGUUCUUGAGGAAAAGGAGGGUAUCGCAGAUUUACAUUACCUCUUAGUUCGUACCGUAGUUGGAUAG